AUGCCUGCACAUGCACAUCUUCCAAAAGAACAUAUAUUAUUAUUAAAAAAUUUUGUUAAUUUAUGUGAAAAAAAUCCAGAAAUCAUCCAAGUACCAGAGUUAGACUUUUUUAGAACAUGGUUAAUCAAACUGGGCGCUAAAAUUGAACAAACGUCAUCGUCAACAGAGUCUAGUAAUAAAGAAACUUCUGAUUUCGAUAAUGCAUCAUCUCACUCCCAUACGGAGUCUGCCAGUACUGAACACACGACAAAAGAAACAACGCAUGAACACGAGAUGGAAAGUGAUCCAGAAAAAUUCGACCGAGAAGGAGUUGUAGAGCCUGAUAAUGAUGAGCCACAACCAAUGGGUGAUCCAGAUGUUGAAAUAACUGAUGCAAUGCUGGAACAAGCUGAUGCUAAACGAAGCGAAGCACAACAAAAAUUAGGUGAAGGUCAAUUGGAUGAAGCAAUUAAAUUGUUUACUGCGGCAAUUGAAAAUAAUCCACAAUCGGCAAUACUAUAUGCAAAACGUGCACAAUGCUAUGUUAAACUGCAGAAACCAAAUGCGGCUAUUCGAGAUUGUACACGAGCAUUGGAAAUUAAUGAAAAUUCACAACAAGCAUUAAAAUGGAGAGGAAAAGCAAAUCGUAUGCUUGGUAAUUGGGAAGCCGCUCAUAAAGAUUUUUGCAAAGCACAAAUAUCUGAUUUUGAUGAGGAUGUACAGCAAUGGAUUAAAGAAGUUGAAGCUAAUGCUAAAAAAAUGACUGAUCAUAAACGUAAAUAUGAACGUAAACGUGAAGAAAAAUUAUUAGAAUCAAAACGUGAACGACAACGAAAAGCACAAGAACUUUAUGAAAAAGCGAGAAAAGAAGAAGCCGAACGACGAAAAAAUGAGUCAGAUGGAAAAGACUUUUCAGGCUUCCCAGGAGCCGGUGGAGCAGGUGGAUUUCCAGGCGGAGCGGGAGGCGCUGGUGGUUUAGGUGGAUUAGGAGCAUUUAUGAAUGAUCCAGAGAUUAUGACAGCAUUACAAGAUCCAGAUGUUCAAACCGCUUUUGCCGAAAUCAGCAGUAAUCCAGCUAAAAUAGCUGACUAUCAAAAUAAUCCAAAAGUACGUAAAAUAAUGGAAAAAAUUGCUGGUAAAUUUGGUGGCGGUGGAGCUGGAGGAAUGGGUGGUAUGGGGGGUUUUCCAGGUGGAAUGGGUGGAUUUCCUGGUGGAAUGGGUGGAAGUUCAACUUCACCAAAUUCAGCCAAUGAUCUUGAUUAA